AUGGAAAAAUUAAAAGUUUAAAAGUAAUUUAGAAGAAAGGUUUAUCCUUUCGAGUUUCUGAUUAGCAUGUUCUUAGUGGUAAACACAUUGAGAGAUCUAUAUCUAGUUUAAAAAUUAGGCAAUGAAUAGGUUGAAAGCUCAUUGAUGGAUAGCAACAAUAUUAGAACAUUGAUUAUUUGGUUCAUACUUUUUGGUUUAAAAAUAAAAUAAGAAGGUACAUAAAUCAGUUUAGUUUUCUCAUUAUUAGCUUCUGCUAACCUUGCUCUUCUUAAAGUGUAUUAAUAUUAGAGUAAAAUCUUGGUUUUUACAGAAGUUCUGUUUUUAAUUUUGCAUAUGUUGAUUGUAAUUAAACUGCCAGUUUAUUAGAUUCCAGAUCCUUAAGGAUAAAACAAAGUAGGUAUCAAGUAAAUGAGAAUUUAAGAUGAAUUCAAAACUGAGGUAUCUGUUUACUAUCCUUGCUUAGAUAAAAAUUAGAAACAUCGCUACACUAAAUGGUCUCAUGGAAAAGAAUAUUGGAGAAGUAUGUAUGAAAGUAUGAAAUUUGGUAAUGUAAUUAUACCUAAGUUCUUUUUCAGUUUUUUUAUGAAUUAUGUUGAUAAAAUCCUUAUAAAUUGCUUUCCAAAUGCUGAAAUAAUUAAACAAGAUUCAUAUAGAGUUAUUAUAUUUAGUCAUGGUUUAGCAGCACACAGAUAAUCAUACACCUGCUUUUUAAAUGAUUUAGCAUCUAAAGGUUACAUUAUAUUUUCAUUGGAGCACUAUGAAUAGAUUUGUCCUUUCGAAAUUAUGCAAGCAAUUAAGACUGGAGACGAUACAUAAGCUAAAAAGAUUCGUGGGUCAUAACUCAAUCACAGAUAGAUGUAAGUAGAAAAUUUACUAAAGGUAGUAAGCAAUAAAGAUAUGAUGGCUAAGUUAUUUGAAUAAGAAGUCAAUUUAGAUACAAAUAAUAUAGUACUUAUGGGUCACUCUUUUGGAGGUGUGACUGCUGUAUAAGCUGGAAUGGAAAAUAAAAAAUUUAAGGCGAUAAUAGGUUUAGAUCCCUGGUUGUAUCCAUAGAAAGAUUCAGUAUUAACAAAGAAAUAUAAUAACCCAAUUUUAAUUAUAAAUACUGAAACAUUUGCAGAAAAAAAUUCAUAUUAUCGUCUUAACGAAAAAUGCUAAGAAAUUUAUGACUCAUCAGGAGAUAAAAAAGACAAUAAAUUAAUAGGCAAAUAUAUAGGCACUGAUCACAUCACACAAGGUGACAUCUGUUUUAUUAUACCUACAGAAAGUAAAUUGCUAAAUAUGGUGAGAAACAACAAUAAUUUACUUGAAGUUACCUAAGGAUAAAGAUUCUUAAUUUCAGAAUUUUUAGAAAAAAUGGUUUUUUCAUCUCCAUCUAACUAAAAGUAAGCUAAACAAGAAAUCCUAGAAUCACACAACAAGUUUACUUUAUAAUACUUUAAUAAAGAAGGAAAUUACAAAAUUUAAUUUGAAUGA